ACAAGUAAAGCAACGUCAGGCCCAGCACCACACGCUGACCACAUGAAGCUCGUAUGAAGAAGACUGAAUUAUAAAACUUAAAUCAUUGUUAAGGGAUCUGUUUACUUUGUAUUUAUUUAUUUAUUUUUUACUGCAGGAGUACAAAGUAAAAUAAUAUGGCAGAGGUGUCGAUGGAAAGAAACCGGCGUCGCUCCCCGGCAAAAUGUCUUUUGUAUAACUGGGUAGAGGAGAGAGCUACAGGGCCACUGGAUAAUGAUGGAUCCCAGAUAGAUAGAAGUGAAGCCAUUUUGCAUAAACAAGGGCAUAGAGGAAUUCUCUCUGUGGAUCUCCUGUGCGAAGUUACAGAUAGAACAACUACACGAGAAUCAUAUACUGUUCCAAAGGGUCUCGGAGUACGACAAAGAGGAAUGAAAGAAGAACUUUUAGAAAAAUACCUAUACCAGAAGAUAAGUGAAGAGGUGUUAAAUGAGUUUAACUCUCCUCCUCCAUUGGAACAGCUGAUCUCAGUAACGAAACGUGACUAUAACAUUGAGGGUUUUAAGUCAGUCCCACCACCCCCCACCAAGGAGCAUGACUACAAAACAGAGCAGCCAGUAACCUAUUGGUCUGAGAAUUCUCAUAAAAUACAAGGUGUAACAGCUGUCCGAACUAGGGACACGCCAUUCAAAAAGAACAGCUCCUUCAGCAAGCCUAUCAGUGAAUGCCUUGAUGAUCCUAUGCCUUACACAGAGGAGAACUAUCCUAAUCUGUAGGAGUUACUGAGUUUUAAAUAUACAUUUCUGAACAUAGAUCAUAUCACAGGAAUCUUUCACUGUUUUAAAUUUUUGUAGCUGCAUCAUGUCUUAGAAUUUUAGAGAGAAAAGUACUGGAAAUGCUUCCAUGGCAACUAAGCUGUCAGCUAUCUCAUUUGUAAGCAGUUGCCAGUGGCAGAACCUUGUUACAAACGGCUACAAAAUAUAUGUGUAUCACAAGUAAAAUAAAUAUUGCGACUUGUUUGCGAUUUCCAAUUGUCACGUUUCAACAGCUUGUACACAAAGUCAAGUGUUCAACAUAAUCUUUUAUCUUUAUCAUUUCAGAACAUAUUAUUCAUUUGAUCUGUCUUUUUACAUUACCAAUAAUACUACAGUGAAUGUGUUAUUUUAAUUGUGCUGGAAUAACAACACCAAGAGAAAAAACACCAUUAUACAGCAUUAUAACUGAUCUGUACAUCUAUGUCCACUCCGUUAAGAUCAAUAUCAUUUACAUGUUUAGUGAUGUUAUUUCAUCAUGUUUU